AUGGGAUGGCAGGGAAGAGAUCCAUCUACUGAUUUCAGGUUGUCUUCUUUAAAACUCAUAUGUUGUCCUAGAUUUUGUGGUCAAACUUGUUCUGUCAAUUUGUGCUGGCUCCUACUUGACAUCUUUCCAGUGCCUAUUGAAAAAGCAGGGAGAAACCCGGCUGCUUGGGAAUAUCCAUUUGUUGUUGCUGGUGUAAAUAUCACAUUCAUGAUCAUGCAAUGCUUGACCUUGAAGCCAUUUUAG